ACGAGCGGUCGUAUGAAAAAAUCGGUUCUUGUUUCAGUGUGAAAACGCAGAAAAAAUAUUUUUUUAAAAUAAAUUAAACAAAUAAAAACUUCAAAAUGUUGUCUGUGAAAUUGCUGUUACUUGUUGUUGUAAUGCAAAGCACCGCUUUUCCCGUUCAAGCGACUGCAGUGUUUGGACAUAACAUACAACUCGAUGAACUGAUAUCGAAAGCCAAUAUUUAUUAUCAAAAACCCGUGAAUUCAGGUGUUGGAAGUGAUGAACUCAUCUUGAACGAAGUGCAAGAGCUGCCUUCGAAAGCAGAUGUCAAACUGAUUAUACAUGGAUUUACUAGCAGUCGCUCUCAUUUCUCCAUUACUCCGUUGAGAAAUGCAUAUCUUUCUAAAGGUAAGGACAACGUGCUGCUCGCCGACUGGUCUGAUGCUGCAGCUCUGGAUUAUCCGACCACUCGUAAAGCCGUUGCACAGGUUGCGAAACAUUUUGCCAAGCAAUUGAAAGAUUUUCUAGACAAGCACGAGAUCGCUCCCGCUGACGUGCACAUCAUCGGUCAUAGUUUAGGUGCACACAUUGCCGGCAAUCUUGGUGAUUACUUUAAUGGCAGUCUGGGUCGUGUGACUGGGUUAGACCCGGCUUUGCCACUUUUCACUCCGCUCUCAAGUGAUGGCCUGCACCGCUCAGCUGCGCAAUUUGUCGAUGUAAUACACACCGAUUUUCCCGUAUUUGGCGAUGGCACUCCACGCGGCAACAUCGAUUUUUAUCCAAAUUUUGGAAACACCCCACAACCAGGGUGUGGCGAUAUGGAUGUGCUGUUGAUAGCCAAGCAGUUGAUAUUUGAGCAAUACAGCUGCAGCCAUAAUCGCGCCGUCUUCUUGUAUGCCGAGUCUAUAGGCCAACCAAAGAAUUUUCCGGCAAUCUCCUGUACCCUAAAUGGCAUAAAAGCUUUGAAUGUGAAUGGUUGUCGGAGGAAAAUAAAAACUGGAGCUACGAAUCUUGCGGUGGAUGAAAGUGAAGUGGUGUAUAUGGGAGAGGAAGUGUCGAGAAGUGCGACCGGUUAUUAUUAUCUGCCAACCUAUGAUGCGCCACCUUAUGGCAUGGGCGCAAGUACGAACUUCUGACUGAAGGCAGCGCCAGCAUGAAUGGUGUGCAACUUGGCUAAGUAGAAAAUAUGUGCGCACACAGGAUGAUUAAGAAGCUUAAUAUUCGUAAAUACACUACCCUAAAAGAUUAUUGUUCCUUGAUUUCUUAUUACAUGAGACACCCUGUGGGAAUUCCACAGUACCCGCAGUCUAUACAAGACUAAAGUCCACCACCUUUGUUAAUAUCAACUUUGUCAUCUUUUCAAAUAUGGACAAUUGUUGCCUAAAUUUUUCCUUUCUCAAAUGGAUAUCAUCAAAUUGAUAAGAUCAAAGGCAAAGAAUAAAAAGUAUCGUAUAGAAUAGAUAUAUACAUAUUUCUACCGAUGCACAGUGCGGCCGAUUCCCAAAAAGCUGGCCAAAAGUCGAAAAAAAAAGUUUCUAGAUAAAGUUUUUUUGUCUUUGGGUAGGCUACAGUAAUGCCUUGAGUAGUGAAAACCGUUCAUAGCAACGUCCUGUACCCUAAGUAUCCUCUGUAUUUUCAAUCGCAACGUGGCCUUCGUUUGAGCAUCGUAUUACUGUCGAUGAAUAGUGAAAGUUGUACACAUUUGAAAGAUUUUGUAAUGGAGUAAAUUGAACAAAACCAAAUGGAAUCAUCUUCGGAAGGUUAGUAAAAUACGAGAAAUCUUUAGUACAUACCAAUACCUCGACACAAAAUUUUUAGCUGCAGCAAUACGUAGAUACAUUUUUUGCAAUUUUUUUUAUAAAAUUUGAGUUUUCAAACUGUAUAGUAAUACAACGCCGUCAUAUGCUGCUUUGAAACCUAUUAAAUGUUACUCAAAAAAGUAAUGGUUACUGAAUAAAACAAGAUUCAGCUGCUACCACUUGCUACCUUGCGACCCCGAAAACAUAUAAAUUUACAUGCAUCUUGAUUAUGUUCUUGAAUAUACGUUAUUUCACGUGAGGGGGUGGCCAAUAGGGGUGGAAGGGGGUGGAUUUUCAAAAUUUUAAGAUCAAAUUCGUAAUCAGCGACCCCGACAACCCCCGAGUAAGAAAUUUUGAAUCAAUUAGUUAAUUUUUUGAGUUUUGGCCAGCUUUUCGGGAAUCGGCCGCACUGUGCGAUGGCGGUCAAACGACCGCCUUUGAAAUAAACACUAUAGUCUUUUCCAGUUCAUUGUAAUUAAUACAGAAUUUAGCAUAAACA